AUGACCAUCAGCGCUGCCCGUUGGAACAUUGAUUUCUCUUUAUCGAUCUUCUACAACAAAACCCAGAUCACCAUGUCCACCAGCUCCACGAAGAGGGUUAGAAUAGUAUUCGGUAUUAAUAUGGAUAGCCCCAAAUCUCGCUCUAAGGCCAUGUCCAUUGCUGCUGGCUGUAACGGCGUGACACAAGUGACUUUUCUAGGAGUGGAGAAUCUGGAAGUAAUAGGAAAUGGAUUGGGCGCUGUUGAUCUUGCAAAUUUGCUAUGCUUGGGAAAGAAAUCAAAGGUCGCUGAGAAAGUGGAGGAUGAUGAGAAUAAUGCAGUCGACAUAAGUGAUAGUGAACUCGUUUUCUCCAUUGAGAAGUUGCAAGAGGUCCAAGAUGAACUCGAGAAGGUGAAUGAAGAAGCAAGUGAUAAAGUGCUGGAAGUUGAGCAGAAAUAUAAUGAGUUACGCAGGCCUGUCUACGAUAAGCGGAAUGAGAUCAUCAAAUCUAUCCCUGACUUCUGGAUAAUUGCGUUCAUGAGUCAUCCUGCUUUUUCUGCUCUGCUAAGUGAGGAAGACCAUAAGAUCUUCAAGUAUAUGCAUUCUCUUGAUGUUGAGGACUUUGAAGAUGUGAAAUCAGGGUACUCGAUCACAUUUAAUUUCAGAGAGAACCCUUAUUUUGAAAAUACGAAGUUGACAAAAACAUUCAAAUUCCUUGACGAGGGGACCACUAAGAUUACUGGUACUACCAUUAAAUGGAAGGAAGGCGUGGAUGCUUCCAAUGGAGCCAAUCAUGAGAAAAAGGGAAAUAAACGACCAUUCGCUGAAGAGAGCAUCUUUAGUUGGUUUGCUGAAACCGAACAGAGAGAUAUUGCUGAGCUUCACGAUGAGGUGGCAGAUAUAAUCAAGGAGGAUUUAUGGCCCAAUCCUCUCAAGUAUUUCAACAGUGAGGCUGAUGAAGAAGAGGUGUCUGAUGGAGAUGAAGGUGAUGAAGAGGGAAACGGUGACGAUGAUGAGGAAGAUGAUAGUUAA